CAGCUGCUGCUACAUUCAGCGCUGCGCUGUGACAGAAAAUAACCCGUAGCACGAGCCAAACGGGCUCCUCGUAUUUUUCACACGAAAACGACAGAAAUAAUUGCUGGUUUCGGAAGAGGUUCGGGUUGUUUGGCGGGCUGAACAGCGGGAGCAGCUGAACAAUAACGGCGGUUGCGCUCUGACAGCAGCUCGGUGCAUCAUUUUUGGGAUUCCUCCGCUAGCUCUCGGACGAAAUCAAAUAGCGGUAACGUGAUGUUGUGCAUGAGCAACGUGAUUUAGGCUUUUCUGGGCAGUGUUUGUUUACUGAAAUAGAUUGGUAAACACAAACAAACUCAAUGAAUGCAGUGUUUUAUGGCCCAGGAGCAUACGUGGCCUGGAGAAUCGAUGGACUCGAUGAUGAGGGUACAUUUGAGGGGUCAGAUUUAAUUUCAGUAAAAGAAAAAAAAAACAGAUUUGAUCUUGUUUAAGUUGUAAACAAUUUAAGAAACGCAAUUUCAAAAUAGCCUUCAACUGGACUGAAUGUAAUAUCAGGCCAAACGUCAGUAUUACCGUCAAUAACACUAACAGUCACCACCCAGUCAGUGUAGCAGCACAGGGAGACUUGGCUCUUACUUCAUUUUCCCCCCAUGAGACUGAUGUGAGAUAUAAUAUCUCAGAUUUUCAAGAUAAUUUCGCAUUUUUGCUUUUAAGCGAUUUUAUCUUUUUUGAGAACAUUUCCUGUGAAACAUAACCUGGAGAAAACAACAAUAUAGAUUAUUUUUAGUGUGCAUAUGUCAGUAACUAUUUUUUUUAAUUAGGUGAGUCUUUUUGCUUUGACCAAUAACCUGCCAGUCAACAACAGAGUCUUUGACCAGUUACACCUAUCGGAGGCUUUACUCAUCUAACAAUAAGCAACCAGCAACGAUGUUCAGCUGGCUUGGAACCGACGACAGGAGGAAGAAGGAGCCAGAAGUCUUUCAGACUGUCAGCGACGGACUUAAGAAGCUCUACAAAACCAAACUCCUGCCGCUGGAGGAGAGCUACAAGUUCCACGAGUUCCACUCUCCGGCCCUGGAGGAUGCAGACUUUGACAACAAGCCCAUGGUCUUGCUGGUGGGGCAGUACUCCACUGGCAAGACGAGCUUCAUACGCUACCUGUUGGAGCAGGACUUUCCUGGAAUGCGGAUCGGCCCUGAACCCACCACAGAUUCCUUUAUCGCGGUGAUGCACGGCGACACAGAGGGAGUCAUCCCCGGCAACGCUUUGGUGGUUGACCCCAAGAAGCCCUUCAGAAAGCUGAACGCAUUUGGAAAUGCAUUCCUCAACAGGUUUGUGUGUGCUCAGCUGCCUAACCCAGUGCUGGAAAGCAUCAGUGUGAUUGACACACCAGGGAUUCUAUCAGGAGAGAAACAGAGAAUCAGUCGAGGCUAUGACUUUGCGGCUGUGCUGGAGUGGUUUGCAGAGCGAGUGGACAGGAUCAUAUUGCUGUUCGACGCCCACAAACUGGACAUCUCUGAUGAGUUCUCAGAGGUGAUAAAGGCCCUGAAGAACCACGAGGACAAGAUCAGGGUGGUGCUGAACAAGGCUGACCAGAUAGAGACCCAGCAGCUGAUGAGAGUGUAUGGAGCCCUGAUGUGGUCACUGGGGAAAAUAGUCAACACCCCAGAGGUGAUCCGCGUCUACAUCGGCUCAUUCUGGUCCCACCCUCUGUUGAUUCCAGACAACAGGAAGCUGUUUGAAGCAGAGGAGCAGGAUUUAUUUAAGGACAUCCAGUCUUUACCAAGAAACGCGGCACUUAGAAAGCUCAACGAUCUGAUCAAGAGGGCGAGGCUAGCCAAGGUCCAUGCCUACAUCAUCAGCUCGCUGAAGAAAGAGAUGCCCUCUGUGUUCGGGAAGGAGAACAAGAAGAAAGAGCUGAUCAGCAGUCUGGGAGAUAUUUACAAACGCAUAGAGAGAGAGCAUCAGAUAUCACCUGGAGAUUUUCCUAAUCUGAAGAAGAUGCAGGACCAGCUCCAAGGUCAGGAUCUCAACAAAUUCCAGCCUCUGAAACCCAAACUCCUGGAGGCAGUGGAUGACAUGCUGGCCAAUGACAUCGCUAGCUUAAUGGUCCUGGUCCGCCAAGAAGAAACCCAGCGUCCAAACCCAGUUGUUAAGGGCGGUGCGUUCGAUGGCACCUUGGACGGCCCGUUCGGCCACGGGUACGGCGAAGGAGCCGGCGAAGGCAUCGACGAGGCCGAGUGGGUGGUUGCGCGCGACAAGCCCGCUUACGAUGAGAUUUUCUACACGUUAUCUCCGGUCAACGGGAAGGUGACGGGAGCCAACGCCAAGAAGGAGAUGGUGAAGUCAAAACUGCCCAAUACAGUGCUGGGAAAGAUCUGGAAGCUGGCAGAUAUCGAUAAGGAUGGGAUGCUCGAUGAUGAGGAGUUCGCGUUGGCCAAUCACCUGAUAAAAGUGAAACUGGAGGGACAUGAACUGCCAUCAGACCUGCCUGCACACCUGGUGCCUCCCUCCAAGAGGAAAAUACCAGAGUAAAUGUAAGAUUACACCAUCCCCUGCCCCCAGAACCUGUAAGUAGACCCUCCUCCUCCACCCAGAGAAAAAUAUCCUACUCAAAAUAGGAAUAUUCCUAUAGCAUUAUAGCACAAAAACUACAAAUGAAAAAUAUAUGAACAAAAGUAGACCUCCUCUCCAACUCCCAAUCCCCACUCUGUGUCCGUCACCCACCCAUCUACAGUCUUCUCUUCCUGUUAGAGGCCAAUACUAGAGCAAAACCUUCAGUAACAUCAAAUAAAAAUGGAGUUAAUGAAUGCUGAUUCACAGACUUUUACUGGGGUAGAAAAACUGGAUCCUGACGAGUUCUCAGAAUAAAGUCUAGUCUUUAGCCCAGCGUCCUCUUUCGUAUUCGUGGGUGAGAUAUUGGGAGUUGUUAGUUAGUUAGAGCAGAUAGUAGCACAGCUGAACAAAAAACACUGGAAUACAGCAAAAUGUGAGUUGAUCCAAACUACUGGAAGAAGAUGUGGGAGAUGCAACAAUGUGAAAGGAAAUAGAAGGAAGACACUUUUAUUAGAGGGAUCAUUUUGGGAGAGGGAAGCCUAGGACAAAAAAAAGGUUGAUAAACAGCUUAUUCCCAUUAGGACUUUACCUAUAAUAAGAUCUGUUAUCGUAUUAAGUAUUCCUCACGACCGCCAGAACACGUCUCAGCUGUCUCGAGGCCCUGCUUCGUUUGUUUCGUCUCCCAGCACGGCUGAGUACUCUGGCUUUUGUUUUUCAUGGCGACGUUAUAAACAGCCACAAAGACUUCCUGUCGAGUGGCACACACACACACACACACAGAAAGUGAACAGAGGAGAGAAUAAGUAUGUAGCAGUUCAAUUGCCAUAAAAAGAAAGGCCCACAUCACAUCAGCUUUUUAAAAUGUUGAACAUGCUGCGCAGAUGUUGAUGUUUGCAUUUGUGAGUGAGUUUAUGACAUCGCCAUCCUUUACAUAGCACCUGGACUGACCCACUGCAGCGAAGCAGGGAAACAAGCAGAGGACAAACUAAGGCUUCUUACGUAGCUCUAAAUAUUCUGAACAUGUUUGGAAAUACUGUGACUAUAAUAAGAAAGUACAUGAUGGGUGUUGUUUGGACACCAGUGUGCUGACACCCUCAGUAUAAAUGUAUUGUAUGGACUUGUUGAAUGUGCAGGUGUUCACGCUUCUGUGUGGUCACAUCCUGACUUUUGUGCACACGACCACAUGUAUCAGUGUUAUCGUUUGUAACAUAUAUGUCUGAAGUCUUAAGCAUCACACAGGCUACUGAGGCGGGCGUAUUCCAGCGGGUUAGUCGUGGAAAAUUGAUGAAACAGUUAUCGAUCACCUUCUAAACGUUAAUCUAACCUGUCGGCCGCUUAUUCUGUGAUGAUAACAAAACACUAAUCGACACGUUUUUCAAAUGUCUCUGUUCGGCUUUCGAUUUCAUGAGUUUAAAUUGUAUACAUGUAAUAAAUGUAAUCCUUCUUUACGAUGUUUCUGAUUUGCUACAUGCCAGUAUGUAUGUGUGUGUAUACUUCACGUCAGGACCAUGUUUGUGGUUUGUUAACAGUGAGAGUCGUCAAGCGUGAGAUGAAGCACUAAAAUAACCACGUUUGGGUUCCCACGUUUUAUGAGCGACACAGCGUUCGCCCAGUUUGAGCCACAGAGUUGACUUUACAGAAAAUAUUCCCAGUUCACGGCCCUUUUGUGCUCCUCCUCCUUGUGUCUGUGUGCUGUUACUGUGAAUCUACUGUACAUAACAAAACUGUUUGCAUUCCAUGAACACAGAUUGGGAAAUCAUCCGCCUGCAUCUCGGGUGCUUGACGCAGCACAAGCUCAUAUUUCACGUAUAGGCGAGCCACCAGAAUAAAUGCAAAAAGGAUGCUUGUUGAAUGUGGACCCUCUGCAAGACAAAGUCCUUCAGAUUCACAGGCUGUUUUCAUACCCUGACAGAUUGCGACAUGAAGUCCUGCGUAAUGGGAAAUACACCAAGUUAUGGUUCUUUGCUGUUUUGAGAUGGUUAUGCAUUGCAAAAUCUGUACUUCACUGCUUUUCUGUCAACAUAAA